GUCCCGUCCCGUCCCAUUCCACUCACACGAGGUACGGUCUCACAUUGGGUAUAAUGGGUAAUGAUGGGUUCAGAUAAGAAGAGCAAGAAAGUAUUGAAUGAUGUGGCGAAAAUGAAGAAGUCAAAGAAAUCCAAGAAGACCAAGGACGGUGGUGAAGUAGUAGUACCAGAAGUACUUAAAGCAGAUAAAAAGAAAAAGAAGGCUAGUAAGAAGAGAGAGAAGGCAGCACCUCAAUCUACAUGUACGAAGAGUGGUAGCAAGAAGGUGACUAAACCAAAGGAGGAAAGCUCUAGUAGGAUUUCAGAAGUGGGAGAAAUUGAGAUUUCAGAGAUGGUGGCUCCUCCCUUUAAGGCUGUUCCUACUAAGUGUGUGAAAGAGCAAGCAGUUAAAGGCAAGAAAUUUAAGAAGGCAAAGAAAAGGCCAAAGAAGUUACAUGUAGUACAGCCUUCAAAGAAGGCUAGCAAGAAACAAGCAACUGAAGUGGAUGAUGAUACCUCAAGCAGUAGCUCUGAUUAUAAAGACUUGGAGAUUGUUAAGAUUGGAAAGAAAGCACCUACAGCCAAGAAGAAGGAUGACAGCAGUAGUAGUAGUGAUGAAACUGAUACUGAAGAUACAACUCCUCCUAAACCAGUUGCUAAACCUACUAAUGAUGCUAAAGACAGUGAUUCACCUGAUGACUCCUCUUCUGAUGAUGACAGUGAAGAGACAACGGAACCAGCUAAAGCCGGUACUAAAAGGAAGCCAGAGGAAUCAGAGAGUGACAGUGAUGAGAGUGAAACUCAUAAUGUGCCACAGGCCAAGAAAAUGAAAAAGG